AUGAAAACAAUAAAUUCUCUGUUUCUUUACAUAUCUUUAUUAAUAUCAUUAUUUUCACGCAAUGUGUCCACAUUCUGUGGAAAUGAUGAUCAAAUUGAUAACUUACGAACCUCUUUAAUCAUCCAUGAAACGAGCUUCUCAAUAAUGGCAGGCUUGAGCGCAAUACCAUUUACUGCUGCAAUUAUAUCACCUGGACAUGCUAUGGCGUCCACUAACUUCGCUGUUCAAUUGAAGGAAGGAUUUGAAGAAAUGAAGGAUUCUAUGAAUAAAGAUCAUGCAGAUUACAAAAAAUGUUUUGAAAUCGUGGAUAAGACAGCGACGGCAACCACUGUGAUCAAGACAACUAGUGUAGGGCUAUCUAUUGCGGCUAUGAUACCAGGUGUCGGUUUGGCACUUGUGCCACCUAGAGUAGCCGCAUCAAUAUCGGCCAUGAUAAUAAUAAGAGACGGUUUAACACAUUGGCAAGAGAACGAUUGCCAAUAUGCUACAACAAGAGAUUGUAAUUUAUUAACUUUAUAG